GCUCUCUGUGCCCAAUGGAGAAUCAUGUCCAAUGGCGUCUUGUGCAUAUAUAACUCGAAGUCUGGGUUACUUGCCCGUUCUAGCCUUUUCCUAUCUCUACGGAAGAAGAGAAGCAACCCCCUUUGUUUUGGGUCAAGCGAGCUCGCUCACGCGUGACGCAGCCGACCAAUAGAUGCUUGUCACGUGUUAGGGGGUCAAGGCGCCCUCGUCACGUGGCUCCCCCGAGCCCGCGGCUGGGAGCCAUGGAGGAAUAUGCUCGGGAACCCUGCCCAUGGCGGAUUGUGGAUGACUGUGGUGGUGCCUUCACCAUGGGGGUGAUUGGUGGGGGUGUCUUCCAGGCUGUCAAAGGCUUCCGCAAUGCCCCAGUGGGCGUCAGGCAUCGGUUCAAAGGCAGUAUUAAUGCUAUCAGAGUCAGAGCACCACAGAUUGGAGGCAGUUUUGCAGUGUGGGGUGGGCUUUUCUCCACCAUUGACUGUGGCCUGGUGAAGAUGCGGGGGAAGGAGGAUCCUUGGAACUCCAUCACCAGUGGGGCGCUCACUGGGGCUGUGUUGGCAUCACGAAGUGGGCCACUGGCCAUGGUAGGUUCAGCAAUGAUGGGAGGCAUCUUGCUCGCCUUGAUAGAAGGUGUUGGGAUUUUGCUAACGAGAUACACAGCCCAGCAGUUCCAGAACCCAAAUCCCUUUGGAGAAGAUCCCAGUCAGCUGCCUCCCAAGGAUGGCUCACCAUCUGCAGGAUACCCAGGCUAUGGACAUUAUCAGUGAAGCAUUUUGGGGCCAGAGAUCCUUCAGUUAAGAAAACUUUCCCCUGGAGCCACUAAAGACUCUCACCCGGUAGCACAAAAAGAGGACAAGGGAUGUGAUUCCUAGAGUUGGAUUUUUUUUGCGGGGGGGACAUGUGUGGGGUGGGUGGGAAUUAGGGGAGCUAUGAACACUAUAAUAUCUACCUCUCUGGAGGGCCUGGGGGUGAUGGAAUUGUCUGCCCCAGGAAUACUUCCAUGCAUGCGGAGAGAGCCAGAGCCUACAGAGGGUGAGCAACUCAGAAGAACUGGAUGACCUUUCUUAGCUUUUAGAUUUGGGGAUGUGGCCACAACUCAUUGGCUCUGUCAAAGGACCUGGGAAAGCUGGUUUUUCUGGCUUUUCAGGCUGCAGGGGGUACUUCUGCUCUCUGUGUCUGCUGGAGAGUCUCUCCGAGCUUGGCUUGGAAAAGUCUGCUGGCAGAGCGGUCUGUGUCUUGUUUUCCCAGCAAGCAAUGCCUGUACAGGCCUUGGAGAUGAGGGAUAUGUGAAGAACCACCCCAUAGCAAGCAGAUGCUACAGUGGUAUAGCAAUAACCACAUCUCCAUGUCCUAAAGAACUCCCUGAGAUGGAGGGUAUAGGGUGAUAGAUUCGCCUCUUUGUGCUCUUGAUCAGACCUCUGAAACCUCUAAGCUACACCUAAUGCAGCCCAGCUGCCAUGGAAGGUCACCCACCAGGGGCUUGAUCAUCCUUCUGCCUUUGCUGCUGGCCUGAGAUUGCAAAAACAGGAGGGUUGUGAGGCACUGGGCAGACCAGAAUAGAUGGCUGGUUGGCUGCAUUCAGCUUGGUGAGCCACAAGUUGCACAAGGCUUGCCCUCGUGCUGAGAUUCACCCUUGUCAUACGGCAUGUCAACCUCCAGCAGAACAAAGGCAGGCUAGAGGAUAGGGAGGGUUAUAGAGCCUCUGCCUGCAGUUCUAUCCAACAUACUUAAACAAAUCUCCAGCUUGGGAUGCAGAAGAAUCUUGCACUCUGUUGUCAUGUCAGCCUGGGUGACCUCACUAAACCCAAACUGCCUCUGAUCCCCAAAGAACUGUGGCUGCAGUUUUAUAUGCUUACAGUGCUGGGUCCUCGUAGGCCAUGCACCCCCAUCUUUAUACAAAAAUGUACUAUCAUGGGGUUAAAAUCCUACCUUUUAAAAAAAUGCAUUUACUGUGAUUCCCAUUAGAAUGGAGCACAGACCAGCUUUAUAUAAAACUAGUUCCCUAAUUCAGCAACCUCUCUGGACUACAAUCCCCUGACCUUUUGGUUAUUUGUAUUCAAAGAGUUUUUAACAACAAAAACUACAUAUCUGUUCCAGGUGUAAAUAUAAAUUGUUUGGCUUCUA